AUGGGCGGCCAGGGCCUCCUGCUGGCGGCGGUGCUCAGCCCCUCCCACGCCCUCUGCUCGCCCAGGACCUCCUCCUUCAUCGAUCCGAUGCAGGCGGCGACGUACGACGUGCCGCCGCCCCCGCAGUCGGCGGCCGGGACGCUGCGCCGCGACGCCGCCCUCAGCCUGGGCGUGGGCGGGCUGCAGCUGCACCACAUGUGCACGACGCCGCCCCCGGCCCCGCUGCCGCUGCCGCCCCACCCCCAGGAGCUGCAGCACGUGUACGAGGAGCUGCCCGCGUGCUGGCAGAGGCCGCCCCCCUCCUGCCACUAGUCGGUCUCCAGCCUGUGGGAUGAAGGACAUGGCUGGCCCUGUUACAACUGGCCAAUACCACGCGUGUUCCCGGUCCAUUCGAGUGUAAUGGAUUACCUUCUGGAGUGCGCCAUAUCCUGGUACCAAACUGAACCACCACAUGGUCCCAACUCAAGACCACUGUCAUUUUCAGUCUACGUGAUCAAUAGUUUCAGAAGUGUCAAUGUCUUAGCAACAACCUGGGCUGCUACAGGUAGCUGUGGCCCACCUGAACUACUACAUGGCACUAUCACUGAACCCUGUUGUCUUGUGUUGCUGUAACAACUAAAUAAAAAGUGACAGUUGGCCUAAUUGCAGUUACCA